AGCGCAGUAGCAAUUCGCAGGAGGAACAGCCGACCGCAAUGGCUUCAGUAUACGAAUGUGCAAAGUAAGCGCCAGCUAAUAAAAAUGAAGUAACUUAACCACAAACUAAUCGUUAACAUAUAAAAAUAUAUGUAUAUACAUGUGUAUGUAUGGUAUGUGGCGUACAGAUAUACAUAAGUAUAUAUGUAUAUACCAUAAACAUAAAUUUCUGAAUUGUAUAAAAUGAAAGUGAACUAACAAGAUUACUCCAUAAUGUUAAACACGCUUAACAUAACAAAAUCAAUAUAAUAUGAACCGCAAUAAUAAAACAUUCUAACAAUAAAAGCUAAAGGUAGUUCUUGCACGGCACUGGCGCGAGUUUUCUACUCUCCAUGGACAGUGGCAUGCAGCAAUGUCAGUUCGAUUGCGGCACCCGAGCGCUCACUUUUAUUGUCUUCUUGCACAUCUGCCUGUCGCUGCCCAACGAGUCGUCAGCGGGCACCAACGAAAAGAGACUUCUUCACAAACUUUUGGAUCAUUAUAAUGUGCUGGAGCGGCCUGUUGCAAACGAAUCUGAUCCUUUACAGCUCAGCUUUGGGCUUACAUUAAUGCAAAUUAUAGAUGUAGAUGAAAAAAAUCAGCUACUGAUCACCAACAUCUGGCUCAAGUUGGAAUGGAACGACGUGAAUCUCCGAUGGAAUACUUCAGAAUAUGGAGGCGUGAGAGAUCUUCGCAUUCCACCGCAUCGCCUUUGGAAACCAGAUGUACUUAUGUACAACAGCGCCGACGAAGGUUUUGACGGCACAUACCCUACGAACGUUGUUGUGAGAAACAACGGGAGUUGCUUAUAUGUUCCACCAGGCAUAUUCAAAAGUACUUGUAAAAUUGAUAUUACAUGGUUUCCGUUCGACGAUCAACGAUGCGAAAUGAAAUUUGGUAGUUGGACGUACGAUGGUCUGCAACUUGAUUUGCAAUUACAGGACGAUGCUGGCGGAGAUAUAAGUAGUUUUAUAACAAACGGCGAGUGGGAUUUACUAGGAGUCCCCGGCAAAAGAAAUGAAAUUUAUUAUAAUUGUUGUCCGGAGCCUUAUAUCGAUAUUACAUUUUACAUAAUAAUUCGUCGUCGAACCCUGUAUUAUUUUUUUAAUUUAAUAGUUCCGUGUGUAUUAAUAGCUUCCAUGGCAGUACUGGGUUUUACACUGCCACCAGAUUCUGGAGAAAAAUUAUCCCUGGGAGUGACUAUUUUGUUGUCCCUCACAGUGUUCCUCAAUAUGGUCGCAGAAACUAUGCCAGCCACUUCGGAUGCGGUUCCUCUUCUAGGUACAUAUUUCAAUUGCAUUAUGUUCAUGGUAGCGUCUUCCGUGGUAUCAACCAUCCUCAUUCUAAAUUAUCAUCACCGUAACGCCGAUACUCACGAAAUGUCGGCAUGGAUAAAAAUUGUCUUUCUGUACUGGUUACCAUGGGUAUUACGUAUGACUAAACCACGCCAUAAUUACGAAUACCAAAAUCCUAGUAAACCAGUACCGCUUGUUGCCGAUCGUAAACCCUUAAAUCUUCAAGACGUAGAACUGAAAGAACGUUCAUCAAAAAGUCUACUAGCAAAUGUAUUAGAUAUCGAUGACGAUUUCAGACAUAAUCACAGAGGAGGAGGUACUCCAACCCCACUACCAAGCGCGGCGUUCUUUCGGACAGUAUACAGACAAAACGAAGACAACGGGAAUGGCGGACGAUUACACGAAUCGCUUGUAUCGAAUCAUACUUGCCUCGGAGCCGACUAUGAACUAGCAUUGAUUCUUAAGGAAAUUCGUUUCAUUACGGAUCAGUUGCGUAAGGAAGAUGAGCACGCGGACGUAACUAGAGACUGGAAGUUCGCGGCCAUGGUGGUUGAUAGACUGUGCCUUAUUAUAUUCACUUUAUUCACGAUCAUCGCGACCCUUGCGGUGCUUUUUUCGGCACCGCACAUUAUAGUGUCGUAGCAAUUCCGUGUUGAACUGCAAUUCUUAUGCCUCCUUGCCAGAACCCCACACUCAAGAGUUAAUAGGUAUCGCGUACGAAUACUUGGGCACACGUCACUUUCGUCCUCGCUACUAACGAUUGAUUCCAAAGCUCGCGCUACCAACUCGUGCAAUUUGUUUUAAAUAGGUAAUGAUUUCCUUUCGGUCUCGUUCUCUUUAGGAUUAACACAAUAAUACUGUGAUAAUUCGAGUUAAAUAUUGAGUUAGAUUUUCACAUAUGAGCACUGCCUUGCAACGUACCACUGUUUAGAGAGCAAACAUUUUUUUAUUACACAAAGCUACUUUCGAAGUACCUACAAAGAUUUUUUAAGCAACGCUCAUAUGUAAAACCGUGAGAUGUUAACGCGCAGCGAAGAGCUCAACUACAGAGCUCUCUGCUUCGCAUUGUUAAUUGAAAAAUUGUUAAUGGCAUUUUGUAUUUUAUGAAUAACCUGUAGAUACUCAAAAUAUCGCAAAUUAUAUUUUUCUCGUAGAUGAAAGGUAUGAUUAAAAUUUCUAAAGGCAGUAAGGCAUAAACGAAGAAUAGGUAUAUAUCUAUAGGCGUCGAUUUUAUUAUGGCGUUAACUUAGUUACGAGGUCAUUUUUUUCGUACAUCGUUUCAAGUCUAAUACAUAUCAGUAUGUAUGUACUCAAAAUUCUUUAAUUUUCGAAAUUGAACUUUUGGCUUUUUUCUCAAGUUCACACUGGCUACAACCUAUCGGCACCUAUGGAUACGUUAGUGAAUAUAAUUUUUUUCAAGAAGAUUAGCAUGCUAUGUAGAAUUUGAAUUUCUCUAUAUCCUAAUAUAUACCUACUUGAAGUUUAAAUGUACUUGGAGAGAAUGACUGGUACAAAAAUGCACUUAAAAUUCUUACAUAUCCUUUUCAUGUAACGUUUUACCAUUCUACACAAUUAAACUUCUUGUAUGGCACGAAUUCGUACGACAUCGCCUUUAAAAUCCUAAUUCAUAUAAAGUUUAAAUGCAAUUGACUCGUUCUUUUGACUCUCGUUUUAAAAUGGAAGUUGCUCAAUUUAUAAAAACUUUACACCUGAAAACAUUUUUAAACAUACGGGAGUCGUCAUAUGGAUCGAGAUCGUACGCAUUUAAACGUUUUUACUUGUUCAUAGUCUCCACGAUACAUAAGACAAUACGAGUCAUGAUGUUAUUUUCACACCACUACCCAAAGAACCAGCAUCUUUCCACAAAGGCAAUACGUACAUAGUACACAAUACAUUAAAAUCUUGAUCAUAUUUAGCUAGAGAAUAAAUGGAUGAAUGAAACAUAAUAGGUUAAGUUGAAACGCAGAGUCAUCUAUCUCUCCGAAUGGUUAAAAAAACGGCUGACAGCAGUUGGAUCGGGAGUAUUUUGCAAUACUGAUUUUCGAAAAAAUCGGUGCCGCACAAUCUAAACACUCCUGUUUGAUUAUAAAACUGUUUCUGCAAAUUUUCACAGUGGAGUAAUAACAUUUCAUUGUUACUUAUACUAUUCUUACUUUUAAGAGUAAUACAAAUAAUGACUGGUUUAAAUUAAAUAUGUUUGAAUAAACGACAAUCCAUUCUUGAUCGCAUCGCAUCAAACACGGAACUUGGAAAAAGUGGAAAAGUUUAAAAGUCACAAUUUCAAAUCAAUACACAGUUCUGUUUUGCAAUGCGACAAGUAUUGUUUUUUACCGCAAUUGUUGUAAUAUUGUAUCACAAUGGAUUGUACUUUGUUAAAAGAAUUAACAAUAAACGACUAUUUC